AUGCUGCCGCUUAGCAGGUUGCCUGCCCGAUGUGUAGCGCCAGGGGACUAUGGUAAACUGCUGCAGACCUGUGUGUGGCGUGCAUCGUGGCUCCGUGAGAUGGAGGUGGAGGCAGCGCGUGAGUGGGACGUGUCGCUCCAUACUGUAAUGAACUGGGCCGCCCACGCGGCCUUUUUUGCCAUUCGCAGCGAGUAUUCCCCAUUGCGGCGCUGGCUCAUUUUAUGCGGAGGUGGAAAUAAUGGUGGGGACGGGUAUACGAUUGCCCGCAUUGCCGCGGAUGCCGGCUUUCUUGUGACGGUGCUAUCAAUCAAGGGAACAAAGCCACUUCCUCCGGAGGCCACCGCCGCAUAUGCUGAAUUGGUGAAGAAAGGCAAUGUUCCGAUUUACGAGGUGGAGAAUUGGAGCGACGCUGCGGUAUCGGAAAGUUUUGAUUUGGUGGUGGACGCGCUGUUGGGUAUAGGAAUCACAGGGGCACCGCGUGGUGUUUACGCACGCUGUAUCGACUGGGCGAACACCCUUAAUGCUCCUCGUGUUGCCAUUGACAUUCCGUCUGGUUUGAACGCUGAAACUGGCUCUGUAGAGGGCCCGUGCAUACGGGCAGAAUCCACAGUCACGUUUAUCGCGUUAAAACCAGGCCUCCUCACGGGUCGCGCACGCGAUUACGUUGGGAGGUUGCACUAUUCUUACCUGCCGUUUGGGAGCUGGUUCCUGGAAAGCGAGCGUCAGGAGCAGCUCUUUUGCCGGCGUCUGUCGAGUUUACAUUUGGAUUGGAUUAUGCACCCGCGAUCCCCAUGUGCACACAAGGGCAUGAAUGGCAAGUUGAUUAUCAUUGGUGGUGACAUUGGAUUUGGUGGGGCGGUUAUGAUGGCUGCUGAGGCGGGACUAUGCACCGGCGCAGGCCUUAUUCGCGUUUUGUCGCGAGCACAGCACGCCAUGACUCUUCUGUCUCGUUGUCCGGAGGUGAUGGUGGAGGAGUUGACAGAAGCUAACCUUCAGAAGGGACUGGAGUGGUCGACGUGUGUGGCGGUGGGGCCGGGGCUGGGGCAGGGUGAAUGGGGUUGCGAGGCCCUCGCAAAGGUUUUAGCAUAUUGUCAACAACAUCCAGAGAAGCCGUCGGUGUGGGACGCGGACGCACUCAACAUUAUGGCGGCGCAGUUGCAGAAGGGGGGAGAGAAUCCCUUUGCUACACCCCUUGCGAACCGCAUCAUCACACCCCACCCAGGGGAAGCUGCGCGGCUGCUGCAGUGCACCAUUGAUGAAGUCGAAAAAGAUCGAUUUCAGGCAGUAAAGCGGCUUGCUGAAACUUACGGUGGUGUGGCGCUGCUGAAAGGACCCGGCACCGUCCUGUACACCGCUGAAGGCAUUGAUCCCGCUGUGCUGAAAGGACCCGGCACCGUCCUGUACACCGACGAGGGCAUUGACCCUGCUUUUGCUCCAUUGACUACCGCACAUAGUCUGCUUUCCAUGCGCUAUGUUUUGGUGGAUGCGGGGAACAGUGGUAUGGCCACCGGAGGCUUCGGAGAUGUGUUGACGGGCGUCAUUGCGGGACUGCUGGCGCAGAAGUUUUCUGAGUGGUAUGCGGCGUGUGUGGGGUGUCUUGUCCACGGCACUGCGGGGGACCUCGCAGCCGAGGUCCAGGGGGGCGAACGAGGGCUACGGGCAACAUCACUCCUCAAACACAUCCCCGUCUGCGUCAAUCUACCGCCGAAAUGCGAGAGUGGUGGUAAAAAUCGGGAUUGUGAAUGA